UGGGCUGCGACGCCAACUAACUGAGGGAACCUAGAACCACUGAGCCGCAGUGGGAGUGGCAGGGGCCCUGAGAACUGGAAUUGUGGCGAACCAGAAAGAUUGUCAUGACAUGGUAGAAUGUAUAUUGCUUGUCUCUCCAUAGAAUAAUUUAAAAAUGACCACACCGAACAAGACACCUCCUGGUGCUGAUCCUAAGCAAUUGGAGAGGACAGCAACAGUCAGGGAAAUUGGGUCUCAGGCAGUUUGGUCACUCUCUUCAUGCAAACCAGGGUUUGGAGUGGAUCAAUUACGAGAUGACAAUCUAGAAACUUACUGGCAAUCUGAUGGCUCUCAGCCUCAUUUAGUGAACAUCCAAUUCAGAAGAAAAACAACAGUGAAGACAUUAUGCAUUUAUGCAGACUAUAAAUCUGAUGAAAGCUACACUCCAAGCAAAAUCUCGGUCAGAGUAGGAAAUAAUUUUCACAACCUUCAAGAAAUCCGGCAACUUGAACUGGUGGAACCAAGUGGUUGGAUUCACGUUCCUUUAACUGACAAUCAUAAGAAGCCAACUCGCACAUUCAUGAUACAGAUUGCUGUUCUAGCCAAUCAUCAGAAUGGAAGAGAUACCCACAUGAGGCAAAUUAAAAUAUACACACCAGUGGAAGAGAGCUCCAUUGGGAAGUUCCCUAGAUGCACAACCAUUGAUUUCAUGAUGUAUCGUUCAAUACGGUGACUUUAAAAUGGACAGAAGUGAACAGACAUUUGUUUUAUCCUAUCAUUGCAUAGUAUAUCAAGUAUCAUUGAUGAAAAAGUGUGUUUACAAUUUUACAUACAUUUAGAAAUAAUUUAGAUAAAUAACUUUUAGAUCUGUUUUUUAUAUAAUAAAGCUCAUAUAUUUUAUGUUGCUAAAAAUGAAUUUGAAGUCAAUCUUCACAUUUUUCUUUAUAUUAAAAGAAAACAAGUUAAACUGAAAAAUUCAAAAUGUACAUAAUAUUUUUUUACCAGCAUGGUGGUUAUUUCAUAUAACGUUGUUGGAUAUUGGGGGCAAAACUUUUUCUAAUGUAUAUGUAAUUUUCAAUAGUAUUGAUGAAGUGGAAACUUAAAGAUCUUUGGAAAAUUAGUUGUGUUGGAUGGUGUUUUCCUGGGACAGACAUGUUUUCCUGAAACAGACACCGGUGAAAGAACAUUUGGCUGAAACAGACACAGGCAUGUUCUGCUAAAGCAAGCAUGUGAAAGGACUCUGAUGAAGGAUUCUUCUUCGCUGACAACAUGUAUGUAUUGGUCUACCUUACACAGUUGAACUGCAUUUGUUGGGACUCCAACACCAAAAUACUUCUGGUGGUGUGCUACGGCUUCUUGAUGCUUCUGUGGACUGGGCUGAUUGGCAGAGACCUGCCAGUGGAGACGACUCAACGUGCUGAGCGAGCAAGUAUGUGCUGAGGCAGUGAGCGGUGGAGGACACGUGAUGUUAGGAGAGAUAUAAGUAUGAGAUAGGUAUAAAACAGUGAUGGAGGCUGAGCAGGGCUUGCUUGGAGAGCUAGCUGUGCAACGCUUGACAGGCACAGCUGAGAACUUUUCCUGCUGUUCCUGUUGGCCGUGAUCCCUCCUGCUGACUAAUGCCAGGGCUGAGGCCUGGCUGUCUCUGCUAGGUAGUGCCACCGCUACUGAUUUGUGUUUGCUAUCCUGACUGUCAGGCAGCUGCUGCUGACUCCUGUGAACUGAACAGCUGAUUUCCUGACAAUGCAGAUGGGAGUUGCUCCAAAGAACCAUAUCUUCAGCAGGUCCACUUUCCUGUAGCCUGUCCGUUCCACUGCUUCUGGAUGGAAGGCUAGGAAGAAGGUUAAAGUGUUUAAGAAUCCUCAUUUAAAAAAAAGGUGUGAAAAAAUAAAGUUACACAUUGAUUACAUUUUUAAGAAGAAAUUAAAUGCCACCCUCACCCCCACCUCCCAGAAACAAUGGUAACUCAAUCUCUGGGGAAUCCUAAUCUUUUUUGGGGGUGUGGGGGAAGGUGUUCCCGAGACAGGGUUUCUCAGUGUAGCCCUGGCUGUCCUGAAACUCACUCUAAACCCGGCUGGCCUUGAACUCAGAAAUCUGCCUGCCUCUGCCUCUGUGCUGGGAUUAAAGGUGUGGGCCACCACUGCCCAGCAGAAUCCUAAGCUUGUAAGCCAUUUUAAAUCUAAAUCCUUCUGUGGUGAAUCCUGACAGAUUUCACCAUAUAAGCCGGGAGACACUAGUAGCUACAUCUUAUUUAUCCCCGUCCAAUAAGCCCCUCUCUCCUUCCUCUCUCCAGCGAGCCAACCCAGAAGUCCUGCCUACUUGUCCAAUGAUUGGUCCCUAUUUUCAUUAGGGGACGGUUCACAAGAAGUCACCUGACUAUGUGACUCCUAGUUCUAGACAGCCACUCCUGGGAAUGUGUAAUUAACAUCAUAAGCAGAAUUAAUACAGGUAUCACCAGGGCCAUCCACAACACUACCCUUUCAGUUCUAAUACAAAAACUUUUCUCUCAAAUGUAAAUUGAGCACAACUACUACCAUUUUAUAAUUUAUAAAAUACAAGAUAGACACAGUCCAUCUUUGUCAAUAAAAUAGAACAUUGUCAUGAGUCUUAAAUUAAAAGACUUAUGAUUCUACACCUGAUUUAUGUCCUGGCUUUAGAAAGUAUGCCAUCUGACAGCCAUCCUCUCAAAUCUGUUCUCUCAAUGUUAAAUAACCUAGGUUGGCUAUGAGACUAUAAGUAGUCUUUCAACCCUGUCAGAAAUCUGAGAAUGACCAACAUUAUCUGAAGAUAUAGGAAGCUAACACAGCUUCCAGAACUGAGACAAGUUGUUGAGACAGCUACUUACCCAUACAGCCCCAGUAAGUCAGGAAUUUGGAGCAUCAGUCUUCAGCCUUCUGGCCCAGGAUCAUGACAGACCUUUGAAAAAUGGGAAUUAUUAAGGACUAGCCUAUUCUGUCUCAGCAAAACUAAGCUGUCCUAAUCUGUAAAUUGUGUCCUUUCAAGAACAGUGCAGGUCUACAGGAGAAAUUUCUGCUCAGUGGCCACCUAGCCACAAUGUAUCACUUCACCUGGAGGUAGAGAUGCUCUGUUGCUUUGAAUUCACUAAUGGGAAGCUGUUAGGAGCAGAUUUGUCUCAACAACAAGUGAAUAAAUAACAUUAAAUGUCACAUUCUGUGCAUUUCUGAUGUUUUUGAAAACCAGCUAUCUAUGUAAAGUAAUCUGGACUGUUGUCUGUUAAUUACCCUCAGCUAUUUCUAAUUAAAAUAUCCGAAAACACCCCAACAAUAAACUCAAUGCCAUGAAUUUGCUAUUUGGCUCUUAACUCACAGGCUUAAACAUCUCAGAUGAGUUUACAACAGCAUUUAUAGAAGGACUGGGGCCAAGCCUUGUACUUAUGAAAUUCUGUAUCAAUAAAAGAAAUGUAUGCCAAUGAAACCUUGAUUCUGUAUCAAAAUCAAUUCUGUACCAAAAUAAAGAAUUAUGACUACAA